UUUUUUAUUGACACUUUUAAUAUGACACAAGUGUGUCGUUUUAAAAAUAAAUUGCAAUUCCAAUUUAUACGGAUAGAAUUCGCCUCGACGGCUUGGGACACUGAACAUGACUGACAAUCCUUUUAUCCAUACAUAUUGAAGGUGGUGAUAUGUGUUUUCCAAUGGGAUUGCUGUAAGGGCGGGGCUUAAGUGCACAUCCCGUGGGCCUCCGCCUGUCAUCCUCAAGCGGAUUGUUUGUUGCAAAGAUGGAGUUCUUACUGGGGAAUCCGUACAGUACUCCAGUGGGUCAAUGCAUAGAGAGGGCCACUGACGGAGGCCUACAGAAUGAAGACUGGGCCCUCAACAUUGAAAUCUGUGACAUCAUAAACGAGACAGACGAGGGGCCAAAAGAUGCCAUGCGGGCAUUGAAGAAACGACUCAGUGGCAACAAGAAUUACCGUGAAGUCAUGCUGGCGCUAACGGUUGUGGAGACGUGUGUGAAGAAUUGCGGCCACAGGUUUCACGUUCAGGUGGCCCACAGAGAUUUUAUCGAUGGGGUUUUGGUUAAAAUCAUCUCACCCAAGGCGAAUCCUCCUACCAUUGUGCAGGACAAAGUGCUGUCUCUCAUACAGGCCUGGGCUGAUGCAUUCCGAAGUAGUCCUGAUCUUACCGGGGUGGUCCACAUCUAUGAAGAACUGAAAAGAAAGGGCAUCGAGUUCCCCAUGGCAGAUCUGGAUGCAUUAUCCCCCAUCCACACACCGCAGCGGGUAAAGAUUAAUGUGUGCAAAUAUGCAUUCAUGUAUUGUAGGUAUUUAUCUUUUUUAUGCACUCAGGGAACCCCAGAGGUGGACCCGGCCAUGAUGAAGUAUCUGGCCCCUGCAGCCACCAGCACUGCUGCUUCUGCAUCUCCUAAACCUGCCGCAAACUCACCUGCCGUUCAUGUCUCGCCACAUGGUCCCAUCACUGCAACUCCUGAACAGGUCGGCAGGUUACGUAGCGAGUUGGACGUAGUGAGAGGAAACAUUAAAGUUUUGUCAGAGAUGCUCACAGAGAUGGUGCCAGGCCAGGAGGAUCACUCUGAUCUAGAACUGCUACAGGAGCUCCAUCGGACAUGCAGAGCCAUGCAGCAGCGAGUCGUCGAACUGAUCUCCCGUGUGUCCAACGAGGAAGUGACCGAGGAGCUGCUGCACGUCAACGACGACCUCAACAACAUAUUCCUCCGCUACGAGAGGUAUGAGAGGUUCAGGACGGGAAGAGGUGCUCAGAGCAAAGGGAUGUUGACAGAGGCCACAGAUGACAACCUGAUAGACCUGGGUCCGGGCUCCCCUGCUGUGGUCACACCCAAAAUCACAUCCAGCUCGCCCCCGAACGGCACUGCAGGGACCACUGCCUCCCCAGCCCAUCACCCUGCUGCAGCCUCACUCUCCUCUGCAUUGGCUGGCCUUGAUGUCGGCCCUGCCAGUCUCCCAAGCCACAAACAAGAUGACUUUGACAUGUUUGCCCAGACAAGGACCAGCUCUCUGGCUGAACAGCGGAAGAAUGUCAAGUAUGAGGACCCCCAGGCUCUGGGCGGUCUGGCCUCGGCUCUGGAUGUCAGACAGCAGAACACAGGAGGGCUGAGGGUAAAAGGGGAUGAUAACCCAGCAGAUCAGGAGCUGCCCAUAGACAGCUGGCUUAUUACCCAAGGAAUGAUCCCUGUAUCGCAGUCCUCUGUCAUGGAUGACAUAGAGGAGUGGCUCUGUGCUGACGUGAAAGGUGAUACGGCAGACGAAGGCGUAACCAGUGAAGAGUUUGACAAGUUCCUGGAGGAGCGAGCGAAGGUGGUAGACACAUCACCUCCUGGGGCUAGCCCAGCUCACCCCGCCCCUGCCCCUGUUGGAUCUCAGAAGAAGGCCGAACGAACAGAAGAUGCCCUCUUUGCCUUGUAGACUCGUCUCAGGGUCGUUUGAAGAUCCUCAUCCUGAAUGAUUCUUCCUAAAAAUGGCUCUCCUGUCUUAUUUCAUCAACUAAACAGAGGUCCGCAGGUUAUAAGGUAAUACCAUUCGUGGAUGUAUUGGUCUGUUAAUGUGGGAUGUAGUGACGCCUUACAUCUCAUUUGUUAUGCUCCACCAAAAGAUUGAUGGCCUAACUUGCGAGUGCAGCAUCACGGACAAUAUCAUGAGCUAAUUACUAAUGUAUGCAUUAAUUGUUUUCAUGGUUAAAUAAUCUGUACUAUGCACAAGUGCUGUGCUUAUGGUCAUGCAUUUCCGUUAUUUCCCCCAUAAGUAUUUCCAGUAUUAUUUUAUUCAAUGUAUUGUAAUGCUUUUAAUACUGAACUAGGAGUUUGACGAGAGAGAGAGAAAUAAUGAAAAUAUAAGCAGCGUCUGUGUUUGCCAGCCGAACCUAUAACCAAAGGGAAUAUAAUACUCGUUUAGAAGAACUGCAUUUAACAUAUAGAACUGUUCCAAACAAACAUUUUGUCAUUUCCAACAAUAAUUAGGGCUAUCCUUUAAAAAUAUUGCUUAAUAACUUGCAGUGCGUCAAUUUCUGUGCACUUUGAAGCAAAAAAAAAGUGUGGUUUGUGUUUACAAGAUGCUUACUAUUUUUCUAGGGGAAGGGAAAUAUUCUUUAGAAUAUCUUAUAAUUUUGCACAUAACUUUAAAAAAAAAGUCUAGACUAGAAUAGAGUAGAAAUGACAAGAAAUGUCAGAUGUAUUUCAAACAAAUAAUGAUAGAUCAUAGAUACAAUACAUAUACAAUAUUGGCUCCUCACUAUAUUAUGUCAUCUAUAUACCUCAAACUACAGAAAUGUGACAUUCUGUACUUGGAGUUUAUUGUAAUAUCAUGAAAGAAGGGAGAUAUGCGUAUUAUGUGUUCCCUUGUUUUUGAGAGCAAAAUAUUUGUUACCUGUCAUUAUUUGGUGUUUGUGAUGAUGAGUGAUGCCAAACAAAACGGAUCAGACGAUAAAGAAUGUCUUGGGUAUUCUGAGGGUCCCAAAAAUCAAUCCCGUCUUAUUACCAGCCCUUUUGACUCCUUCUGGUUUGGUCUUAUUUUGCGCCGCACUUCAAAUAUAAUUUUUGCAGCUUGAGACCAAAACGCGGAAAAAUAAUCUGCCUACCUAAUCAGUAUCAGUAGAUAUAUUUAACUGAUGAAUUUUCAUCGAGCUUUUACUUUGUUUUGUACACGUUGAACUGGAGAAGAACUUUAAUAAUAUUAACAAACAUUGCUAUACAGGUGAAACAAAAACCACACGGCACUUCAUGUUGUCUUUAUGUGUUUCUGGACCUUUUAACAGUUACGUGUUGAUUGCAGCAGCAAAAAAAAAAUAACUCAUCAGGUUCUGUCACUGAACAUGUUUGACAACAGACAAAGCAGAACAUAACAAACUGUCAAUGUUGGUUUUACAGUUUGUGGACGUCCCAUGUCUGUUGGCUGCCAUUGCUGAUUGUCAGGUCUCUGUGACUUUUUUGCGCGUACAAUAUGUAACUGCCCAAAUAAAACACUAGCUAUGUGAGACCUC